UUUUUAAUGGUCUCUAAUGAUUUAUUCCUUUGUCUUAUUUAAUGAUUUAGCUUCCUUUCACCUGUGAAGACGGCGUAAGUGAGACCGCCUCUCUCUUCAGGAUCAAACUGCCUGUCAGGCAACCGCAGAAGUUCUCCCAUAAGUAUUGAAUCAGAGCUACCCAAAGCCAGAUCUGGUUAUCAUCUCCCACACCUCUCUCACCCAUUGACACUGCAAUCGCCCACAAACACUCUGCUCUCACAUUUACUUAUUCGCAUUGACGAUGUGGUCACCCGCCGACAAACCUUCUCCUCAAUCGGCCCUCAACAAGGUCAACACGUCGAAGAUGUCGUCCGCCUCAGACCAGCCUCCUUCUGAGGAGGCUGAAUCAACUCCUAUCGGGGAGCACUCCAGAGCCACCGUGAAAAUUUCUACAAGAGUCGCCGUUCAGCUCAAGAACGAAUGGAACGAAGCCGGGGCCAAGUUCGCCUUCCUCGUCCACCCUACCACAAAGCCCUUCCGUCUCCUCAAGUCAGGCACCACAGCCCUUGUCAACCUGAACCAGAAGUCCGAAGGCCCAUUGGACAACCCCCUCAUCACCAUCCAGCCCGUUCAGCAUACCGAGACCGGCCUUACCUACGUGCUUCCCUGGGUCGAUGCCGGGGUCGACGUCCCGGCCCAGUUCCUCCGCAUUGGCGUUCGCAUUGUCAAGGAUUUUGGACCCGGUGUUCCGGAGUUUGACAACAUGGCGCCCAAGAUUAGCACCAUGACUAACACCAAGACCAACACCAAUACCCCUCAGUCCGAGAACGAGUCUUUCAAGGCUGGGGAUAUGGCUGUCUGCGACCACUUUGCCAUUGACGUGCCCGAUAUUCUCUUGAUCAAGAAGCUUGGCAUCAGCCCUACUAAAUAUUCGGGGGGCUAUUACAUAUCUGGCGUCGAACAAGCUAUUCCUCGCGACUUUGUCGAGUAUGGCUUGCAGAUGGGCGGUCCUGUGACUGUCAAGAACUAGUUCAGUGCUUGGUAAUAGGUCAGUAUUGACAUUCUCGAUGUGUACCAUGGCUUAAUCUGCAACCCGAGACUCGAUCAGGGGCACGACCGGGGAGGAAGUUGCGCCGAAGUGUGGUUAACCAGGAGCGUGGAGGAGGCAUAGACAGUCACACUGAUGGAAGGUGCAGAUGACGAACGGAGAUAGACCUGAUUAACUUGGUAGCACAUUUGCGAAUAUACAUGUGGUCGUCUCUGGG